AGGUACCGCAGUGUAGCGUCUGCAAUGUUGAUGACUAGAAGGCGAAAAUUCCCCCCGCCCGCUGCCCUUUAUUGCUUCAUUGGUUUGCUUUCUUAGUCGUAGCAUGUUGCAGCCUUGUAUCGCGGUUUCUGAAACGACAAAAAAGGACUUCCGUUAUAGUAUUAUUUGAACAGCUACAGCCAUUGGAUUCCCCCCUAUGCAAGUGUUGCAAUGUCAUACGUCAUAGAUUAUGCUGCUCAUUUGUUGCAAUUUUCUGAAGACGUAAUUAGACAAAAUCGUUGGAGGGUAGAUACCAAGAGCUUUAUCUUUAUGCCACGAUGACUGUACAACUGAAGCGUUGCACGUGAGGCUAGGAAGGAAAGUGCAGCUGACAUGGUUGAAAAGCGCAACCUGACAUUCACGUCUCAGCGAGCUCCGAUUCCAGCAGACAAUGUCCAGGAUGUUGUGCGUCAACGUGAAGCCACUACUCCGCAGCUGCAUCAUGACCCUGCCUCAUCGCCAACUUCUCAACGCUGCAUAGUUCUGGAAAAUAGAACCAGCGAUGUAUCGAGAAAUUCUAUCUGCCUUCAGCAGCACUCAGCCCUUCGAAACUUCUGGGAUGCGGCGACCACAUCCGUUCGCAAGAUCUUGGAAAAUUCUACUUCUGCUAAAAGUAAUGGUCGUAAAUGCUACCUGACGACACCACUGUUGAAAAAAACGCAGAAAUCCCCCACAGCGGAAGCUACUAGUCCCACCAGUACCUCGAUAGAGUGCAGCACAAGCAGCAGAGUAUCUCUUCGUCGACGUGGUUUUAGUCCACCUGCUAGUCAUCGUGAGAUAGUCGACCCGAUAACGCGAACUUCCCACGGCAAAACAUUUUGCGGAAGUACCAGUGUGAAGAAGCUUCGGUCAUCAAGACAGAACUCAAUUCGCACACACAACUGCCGCAAAAUGAUGCGAAAAUGCGAGUUACGCCUAGGCGGCAUGACCUGCAGUGCCUGCAGCAGUGCCAUCGAGAACAUGCUUCGGAAAACGAAAGGUGUUGAGCAAGCGCACGUCCUUCUCCUACUCAAUAAAGCAGUAGUCAGCUACGAUCCGACGUUCGUGAAGGCCAAUGACCUAGCUGAGAAUGUCGAAGAUAUCGGUUUCGAAGGCGAGGUCACCAAAGAUGUUGCGAUUGCAGGUGGUGCAGCUCCCUCAACGAGCAACGCUCCUGGUGCGACAGCAUCAAGUCGUACUAGUGCCAGUGCUAUAGUAGAAGUACAAGAACCUCAACAUGAGAAUUCUAGUUCAUCUUCGUCAACCUCUGCUACAACUGCUGCGAUCCCCGCUGGACGCCACUUUACUGCUACGAGCAAAGAUCUCCUUGUUGUAGAUGGAGCUGGCGAAUCACUGUCUACAAGUAAGAACAAGAUAGAAAAAGACUCGAGUCCUAUUCGGCGCAAAUCGGUAACAUGGGCGGACGAGGAAGCACCGAUCAAGGAUGCACCGGGAAGCGGCGUGGACGUAGAGGCGUUCCCUGAUGGUGAUGACGAUAUCGAUGAUAAUGAGGUGUGCGAGCUGCAUUUGUGGGGCUGGCCUGCCGAGGCGACCCUUGAUGCUAUAUCAGCCGUAGGCGGUAAAUAUGAUGGCGUAUUUCCAGCGGACGCUAUCAUGUCGAUCCGCGAGAUCAAACCCCGUCGAAAAACAGGCGCGCUUUCGUCUUUUUCUUCUGGUAUUCGGAGACGAAGUUCACCGGGAAGAAGCAGCGAUGGUCGACGUUACAUCAGCCGGGUGAUGCGAAGUCUUGUUGACCGAGUAUGCACGGUAAAUGACCUGCCGGGAGAGAGCGCUGUAGAACUAGCACGUAGAAGACCACUACCGUCAAAGAAAGGAGGUAGAUUGCGCGUGCGAAGCCUCUCGUCGGGAUCUGAGCACGAGGAGCAGCCGGAACAACCAGCAGAACAGACUUCAGACAUUGACAAUAACUUCUGGAAUGACGACGAUCUUGAUGGCAGCACUUUUUCAUCAUCAGACGACAAUGGCGCAGAAGAACGACACGAUAAUGGGACUGGUGCUUUUGGAGGAGGAGCGCCAUUAUCGAGUUCCUCUUCAGCAUUGCCACCAAAUGCAACUCCCUCUACUGUCGCAGGGUCCCCAUCCUCAACACGGCCCGUGGCGGAAUCCCCAGACCCCGAUCGGCUUGUUUGCAUUCGUUAUUUCCCGCACCUCCUUGGCGGUCGUGACCUCUUGCAUCGUGCACGACGCGAGAUUUGCAGUGCUAUCGUGCAUAACCAAGCCCGUUUAGAGCGGUUUCGUGCUGAAAACAAGCCUGAAGAUCUGGAGGCAGAAGAACUGAAGAAAAACUGUCUCCGGAGUCUACCCUUUGCUCUGGCCAUGCUCGGAAUGGUUUUUGUUCUUCCGCACGAAUUUUCGCACACUAGGUUGUAUUACGUGCUCAACAACACACAGAUCAUUCCUGGCUUGCACCUCCGGACCUUCAUCUUCAUCCUGCUAGCGACUCCAGUCCAGUUUGUCUUCGGAGCGCGGUUUCAUCGCGGCGCGCGAAAGGCCUGGCGCAAUCGCACGCCAAAUAUGGAUGUCUUGGUAAGUUUGGCAGCCACGAUUUCUUACGCGUACUCGAUGCUGGUCCUCGCGAUUGCGAUCAUCGCGGCAUCCUUUUUCCAGCUUGAGUGCAGUCAGCCACCGCCGCAUUUCUUCGAGGCACCAACCACACUCAUAACGGUGCUUUUGGGAGGAAAAUAUCUCGAGGUCAGAAGCAAACAACGAACGGUAUUUUUCGAUCACGUGAAUAAAAGUUAAAUUUCGAAGAACUACUCGUCCACUAGGCUACUACUUACGACUACGUACUAGCAGCUGGAGCUGCCUAAUUUUCUGUCAACAUAUUCUCCACUCAGGUCGGCGUUCUCGAGCGGCUCCUGCAACAAAAAAGCUCCAAAGAUGCGCGCAAUACCGCUCGUAUGCUGAUGAGUGGAACAACAGGAAGGACGAAGUCCUUGGCUCUGGAAUUGAUACAAUAUGGGGAUCGCAUCUUGCUACGACCCGGUGACCGGAUUCCAGUGGACGGCGUAAUCACCUCAGGAGCGUCUCGAAGUGGUUUCGCGAGCAACAACACCGCCGCCUCUAUUAGCACUGUUUCGUCUUCUUCCAAUGGCUCUCAUUCUAGACGAAGCAGCUCUUCGACGACACGGGUGACUGUCGAUGAGGCGUUGUUGACUGGUGAGAGUCGCGGCGUAGUCAGGGAGGAGGGACAGAGUCUUUAUGCAGGCUCGUUUCUGCUGAAAGGGUCGUGUUAUCUCGAGCCGACGCGCAUCGGGAGCAAAACGGUGCUAGCGGAAAUCGCAACCAUGGUUCGCGAGGCGCAGUCCACGAAGCCUGAAAUCGAACGCAUGGCGGACAAAAUUGCCCGCAAGUUCGUGCCUGCCGUGAUGCUACUCAGUCUGAUAACCACCAUUACGUGGCUAGUCGUGGUUUUUGCGUCCCCAGACGUGAUGUCACCGGAAGCUGCAGGUAUGCAGGGCGAAAUGCUUGCCUCGAAUGCAGAUGCGCACGUUGCUUCACCUGAGCCUACCACCAGCGCGGCUCAUAGUGGUCAUAGUAGCAGUAGUUCGGGAACAUCAUCAGGAACAUUAUCAGCAGCGACAUCUUCAACGCAUACUGCCUCUUCCACAACCGGAGACGGACACCCGCACACGAUGGCAGACGAAGUUGGCAUGAACGGUUUCUUCCUUUACGCGUUUGAUACUCUCUUCGCCUUGAAGUUCGGACUCGCCGUUCUGCUUGUGGCGUGCCCGUGUGCGCUAGGCUUGGCGACCCCGACUGCCAUAAUGGUCGCGACUGGUGUUGCCGCAGAACGUGGGAUGUUUCUCAAAGCCGCCCAGCCUCUAGAGACCGGCGCACGGACGGGGCUUCGCAUCGUCUUAGAUAAGACCGGGACAAUAACCGAGGGCAAAUGCCGAGUGGUAUCACAUGGUCUGCUGGCGUACGAAUUCGGGGCUUCAACUCCACGUGGAGGAGCGCAAGAAACUUUGCCCCAAACAGAGGUACCAGCCCCACAACAAUUACAAGCAACAGACGACUUGUCAGGCUCAGGCUCUCAACCAACAACUCCCAAUGACGAGAAGGCAGGAGGUGUCAGCGCUGCGUCGUCAGGCGCGUCCACAUCAAGGGGCAUUGUGGUGCGAACAGGCGUCGCGUCUUAUUCACCAGAUGUUGCAACGACUACGGAGGCUUCUACAUCUAAGGAAAAACUCAAGCUAGCCGGUGAAGCCACCGUGGUUGGUCGCCCGGUGGACACUGCUGGUGAGGUCGCCAUAAGAGAGGAAGCCGACUGCUACCGCGAUGUCUGGCAUGCUGUCUGUGCGCUCGAGCAGAAAUCGGAGCAUCCGCUCGCUGUUGCUCUCUUGGCACACGCCAAACGAGAGUUACAAAGCGUGCUCGACGGUCGGGGCGAGGAAGACACUUACACCACCGCUUGCGCCUCGUUCUUGUCGGGUGGCGAAAUCAUCAGAAAUUUCGAGAAUAUAGCAGGGCGCGGAAUUCGAGGCCAAGUCUUCUUUCCGUGGCCAGAAAUUGGUGCCGGAAUCACGCCCGGAGGCGGUGUUUGGCGCGAUGUCAAGAUCGGGAGCGCUAAAUUCAUCAAGGAAAAACAACAUCACAAUGAAAACACUGAAGAUGGCGCCAUUGAUCCUUCUGCGUCUUCGUCCAGCUCAGCAGCAGGUGCACUUAUGCAGCUCCUUCCGCUUCCUUCUACAGAUCAAUCAGGCGUAGUUACCCGAACAUCGACCGCGUCUACAACGAACGAGAUGGAGAUCUACCUCGAGGUGGAAAAUUCCUCCACGACCACGGUUUAUGUUGCGAUUGACGAGGAACCGGCAGGGUGGGUCGCUGUGGCAGAUCGUGUGCGCCACGGCGUGGCUGCAACGAUACGACAACUGCGUGCGGAGUUCCACGCUGAAGUUUACCUGUGCACAGGUGACUCAAAGCAAUGCGCCCGUAGCGUGGCGCAGGAAGUCGGGAUAGCUUAUCCCCAGAACGUACGUGCGGAGUGCCUCCCGCAGGAUAAAGUUGCCUUCGUCAAGCAGCUGCAAGCUCUGCCGAGACCAACAAGUAGGAGGCCCGCGAGCGGGACGGCCACCACAGAAGUUUAUCAUAGCAAUGAGGGUGGACAAAACCACGAGAGGAACAAGCAAGUAAGUCGAACAACCGGACAAAUUGCCAUGGGAGAAAGCCCUGGCGCGGCAAGUUCUGUAGAUGAUCCAAACGACGGCGAGAGUUUCUUCAAUGUCAUGGGCAGCGACGCGGUAUCCUCAUUGACUAAGAUCGGAGUUGGGGGAGGAAGUAGUAAGCAAAAACGCAGUAUCGUUUUCUUCGUCGGCGAUGGACUAAACGACGCGGCUGCUCUGGCUACCGCCGACGCUGGACUGGCUAUCGGGUGUGGAGCUAGCGUCUCUGUCCACGCGGCAGACGUUGUUCUUGUGCGCGAAGAGCUGUCAGAAACGCUCGUGCCACUGUUGCAAUUAGCGAGAAAGACCAUGUGGACCAUCAAAAGAAACUUCUUCUGGGCAUUCUGCUUCAAUUUCCUCAUGUUGCCCUUGGCUGCUGGGGUAUUCUACACCUGCUGCGGCCUUUCCGUUCCGCCACUGGUGGCUGGCACUGCGAUGGCCAUGAGCAGCAGCUUAGUGCUCCUUUCCUCCCUACAAUUGCGAUUUGUCAAGCUCCAGUCGUAUCCAUCCCCAGUGGACGGAAGGUCACUCGGACUAGGAGGUGCAAAAGAAUAACAACGAGUCGUACUCAAUUCGCUUUUGUCUGGUCCACAUCCACAAGUAAAACCACAACUGAUUAGAAGCUUAGCUUACCACGUCUUACUCUUACACUAAAGUUGGAAACCUAACGAUCCUUCACCUAUGCAAGAUUUCAUGACGAUCUCCUACCGUUUGCCUGCUUUUCCAUACUAGCAUAAGAAUGAACUAUUAAAGCGAAUCUUAUUAUACAUAGAUACUGUAGUAUCUGUAAAAGUUGUCAUCUGUUGGCCAAUUGGUAAAAGAAAUAAUAGAAAGACUCAUGCUAUUGCUCAAGCGAUGCAUACCCUUCUAAUCGUAGGAAACCAUCUUUACUUUGCCGAUGCGUCCCAUUCAUAUUUAUAUUGAACCUGCAGCCACUGCCACUCCACCCGUACACCCAUACCUGCUCCAUAGCCUCUGCCGAAUUUUGCACUUUGCAACCAACUCGUUUGGGAUGAAUGUAAGCUUUAGUCACCUUCUGCUUCUGCUUCACCAAGAGUGCUGCUGCUGGACAAAGAACCAAACAAAUGUGAAGACAGC